AUGAUGAAGAAGUACCUCGGCCGCGUCGCCGCGCGCGAAAACGUGCGCUUGUCGAGCACGCAGCUCUCAGCGAUCGUCGAGCAGAGCCAUGGGGACCUUCGGCACGCCGUCAAUACAUUGCAGUUCCAGCGCAAAGCAGCGACGUCCAAGGUCAAGGACGACGUCCGCGCCCGGGACACGUUUGCCUCGGACUUUCACUUGAUCGGGCGCGUCUUGCAUCCCAAAGACCGCCAUGAAGACGACGUGCUUCGAGAGUGCACGCUCGAGUCUGCGCACGUGCUCGCGACCGUCCACCACAACUGCGUUGACGUCUUCACCGAGAUUGAAGACGUGUACGCGGCGUUCGAGACGUUUAGCGCCACGGACGUGCUGUUGCGCAGCGCGUACAGGGACCGCUCGAACGCCAACUACUACCAUGCGACCCAACAACUCGGCAAGACGCUCAUCGAGCGAGCGAUUCGCGUGGCCAACGCGCACCCUGCGCCCCCCGCGUUUCGUCCGAUUGCACGCCCGUCAACGUACGCGGUCGACGCUGCGUCGCGCCACGUGCGUGCACAGGCUCAGGCAGCGUUCGCGUCGCGCCACACGGGUGCAGCGUUGCACCGCGACAUUGUGCCCUACCAGCGCUGGCUGGGCCAUGGACGGUCCGCGGCCAUCGACGCGUCGGCGCUUGAGACAGUCGACGACGACGACAUUGUGGAUAGUGAUAUGGACGGCACGUAG